UGAGUGCUAAAUCUUGGAACGAAAUUCCUGAAGUUUCUCUCUGUCGUGCUUGGAAUAAGCUAGGGUUUGGUGGUCGUAGUAUGGGUGAUGCUUCUCGGAUCGAUGCCAGUGAAUCCGAAGAAGAAAUUACCUUUGAAGUAUGUUCCCAGUUGGGCAUCAAUGAGGAAGAAAUGGAGCAAUGGCUUCUUGCUGACAAGGAUGAAACUGGGUCUCAAUCGCUGACUGAUGAAGAAAUUAUCGACUCUGUUCAGGUCCAGGAUCCAUCGGACAGUGAAGAUGAAGCUGAGCACACUGAUGUAGCUAAGAUUAGCCACACAAAGGCUGUUGAUUGCUUUAGUGUCUGCUUGGAAUGGUUAGAGCAGCAGCCUGAAGCCACCCCCAUGAAUCUCAUGCUUUUGAGAGAGCUCCUGGACCUUGCAGGACAAAAAAGGGGUUCUGCCUUGAAGCAAAAGACAAUGGAUUGUUAUUUUAGUAACCCUUGAAUUCGUUCUUACACUCUCACAGUUACUGUAGUUCACGUACUUAUCCUUUUUGUUAGCCAUACAGUGUACUCCUGUUUUCACAAGUUAUGUAAUCAUCGAUAUUACAAACUUCAGACUUAUGAACAUUUCACAAUUACGAACACCCAAUUUCCCGAGGUGUUCGUAUCUUUGAG